AUGGGGCGGUAUAACUUUUAUGGGCGUACGAACUUACAAGUCUUUCUAAACGGCAUAAUUAAUGCUGAAACAUACAGACAUGAGAUUCUUGAACCAUAUGUUAUUCCAUUUGCUGCUCAGUAUGGUCCAGAAUUCAUCUUACAACAGGAUAAUGCCAGGCCUCAUACUGCAAGAGUAGGUCCUCGAUACCUUGAAGAGUAUAUCACAAUAAUUAUGGAUUGGUCUGCUAAUAGCCCUGAUCUCAAUCCUAUUGAGCACCUUUGGGACCUACUAAAGAGAAGACUACAAAGUCGUCCACAAGCACCAGAUCUCCAAACUUUGGGGGAAAAUCUUCGAGAGGAAUGGAACGCCUCUCCCCAAGAGAUUAUUCGGAGCCUCAUUCAGUCUAUGGCAAAUCCGUGUGCAGAAGUGUUUUCGAGAGGUACAAUGCCUACCGCCAUGCUGGAAACGUACAGUUCCUGCGAUAGGCCCCCACCUUUGGACAAACUGAACUGUUAUCGGGACGACGGCAAAGAUGGUCUGAAAUUCUACACAGAUCCAAACUAUUUCUUCGAGCUGUGGCGUGCCGAAAUGCUGAACGACACGGAACGCGUCAUGCACGAUAAGGGCAAAAACAGGGGUCAUAGAGGAGGAAGGAGUUCUGCCGAUGGUGCCCAAGGAGGACCUAGGCAUAAAAAGCGAGUCAGGGCACCCCAGAAUACUAGAGAAAGGCAAAAACAAAUUGCUAGAGAACAUGGAGAAUAUAUUAUGCCUCAACAGAAUACAAUUUAUAGGACUCCUCAUCAAAUACCACAGCAAUAUCAAGAAGUUGAUGGUUAUAUUCCAAACCAAGAUCAAAGACCUCCAAGACCCAAUUCAAUAGAGAUUAGGAGAUCGUAUCAAAGAGACGUUGAACACAUAGACGGUUUACAUUCGCCUACCCUGUAUCAAAAUAAUGGUCAAAUUCCUAAUUAUGAUGAGCAGAGCCUAUAUCAUCAUGGACUAUAUGGACAGGGACCUUUAAGCUCUGAAUCCUUAUACGCUGGAGGCACCCCCACAAGAAGCAAAUCGCGGCCUAGUCAACCCCCUCCAGCGCCCCCAUCGAAUCAAGGUACGCCGACUUCAGGUACUCCAACUCGAGGUAGGAUCCCGUCUUCAGGUCGGGAUCAGUUACCGCCGCCACCUCCUCCACCAGAGCCUACUUCGCCACCGCCUAACGGACUACCACCCCACAUGUUACAACAUCGAAUGUCAGAAAGCCCGCACCGAUCAUCUACCCCCGAACUUCCGCUCAGUCCGCCACCGAUCAACCACAACCAAGACCUUCCGCCGCCUCCGCCCGCGCCCACCCAGCAAACGCUCAUCCAGACGAAACAGGCCUCGCCUCCCAAGCAACUCGCCGGCGGCCUCAACAGUUCUCAGGUCAACCAGUCGGCGGGCGUGGCCAGUCCGCCAGCCGCGCCCGCGGCUCCACCUCCUCCGCCGCCGCCGCCAAUGCCGACGACUAACAUCCACGCCCCGCCCGCCGGGCCAAUGGUUAACGGGGAUUUGAUAAGGGCGUUGGCGAGCCCGCCCAAGCUGACGCCGGUCAAGGACAGGGUGUUGGGCAAGCUGGGACCGCCUCUAGCCGAUCCAAGGAACGAUUUGUUGAAGGUAAGUUACGACGUCUUCCGAUUCCUAGUCUCUAUUGUUGCCUAUCUUGCCAGAGAUUUGCGUCUAAUUGUUUUUGUCUUCUGUUUCUCGAUCUGUUCCCUCUCUCCAGCUUUUUCUUGGUCUUCUUCUUUUGCGCCUACCAGUGGAUGUGCGAUUCACAAUUUGUUUUGGCAGUCUAUUAUUGAUGGUCAUUCUUGGACGUGCCUGUACCAUUUAAGUUGA